AGAAAAGUGUUCUGUUAUAAAGCGUCAACGAUACUGUAGAAUGGGUCAACAUAUACCAUAAGUUUUCCAAAAGUUUUGCGAUUUUCCAGCUUGUCCACGCAUAAGUGCAGUUUCAUUCGGCAACAAAAGUACAAGGAAAUGGGGAUUUAUUUUAAGAUGAUCUUAAAAUACUCUCAACACUAUUUCUCUCGGAGACGGUAGCCAGUUGAGUGUUGUUGGUCGUUGAUGAGUUAUCAUGGUACUUCUCACGAGUCAUAUAUUUACUAUUUUGGCGAUAAUAAGUUUGAUAUGGAUAUCACCUAUUUGGACAUGGAACUUGAACGAUCGUCGAUACGAUGGAUAUGAUCUUGAAAGAGGUCCAGUCUUUUACGAAGCUUACUAUCCGGAAAAUAACGAUAACAAUCCAAGCGAAUAUCAAGAAAAACGUUAUUUCGAUCGGGAUCCAGUAAUAGAGAGAACCUUUCAAAUACCAACUGACAGAAAAGAAUACAUGGAAGAUAGAUCAAAGAACGAAUAUCUCGAUCGUUUAGAAUAUUUAAGAUACGAUAAUUCUUAUAAUCCCGACACGAAAUUAUCAAGAAUACAAAAUUAUCCAAAAACAGAAUCAUCGAGGAAUUAUGAAAUCUCACGUAAAUUUUACGACGUUAAUUCUCUUUCUCCGAAUUAUAUCAAAUUAAUUCGAAAUAUUCCGGAAGAUUCGUUGACUUCGAAAAAUCUGGACAAUUGGAAUACGUUGGGCAAUUAUUAUUUACGCUUUGAUCCGAAUUUUGACAAAAGUGACAUUAAUAGUAGAUCAAACUUUCGAGGAAUACCAGAUCGAGGUUUUUUAAAUGAAGAAAAUAUGUUUGAGAAGAGAAACGACGAGAAAAAAACUGAAUCUAUUCGGGAUAUUCGACAGAAUUUGUCUGCUGCAUCACCACGAGCUAUUCAACCUUUAGAAAUACCUAAGGAAUUUGAUUCGAUAAGGAGACUGUCACCGAGAGAUUUACAAAAUCAUAAUUCGUUCGAUACAAUAAAUUCUAUUAAUUAUAUAAGAUAUCCGCGACAAGAGUACAACUAUUUUGGAAAUAGAAAUGACCCAGAAUCUGAAAAGUGGAUUCCUCAAAAUCUUUCGAACGAACAGAUGGAAGGAAUUCCAAGAAAUGUUAAUUCGUUACCCUCGGAAAAUAUAUUUGCUCCGAGACCUCAAGUGAUCAAUUAUGUAUUUUCAAAGGAUUCCUCGAUCGAACAAACCGAGAAACCAAUUACAACGAUCAAGGAAAUAACAAAUAACGAUGAACCACGUAAAUACGGGGACAAUCUUUUGCAAGAGGAAUUAAAUAAGGAGGAAGAGAGCAAAGAUAAAAAUACAAAAGUUACGUCGAUUGAAAUCAGUGAAGUACCCAGACAUAAAAUACGUCAUCAUCACGGAGAAUGGCUACGUAAUUUUUCUCGUGGGCAAAAGUAAUCCCUGAUAUCAAGUGUUAAUUAAGUUCAAAACAAAGAGAAAAAAAAAGAAAAAUAACUUUAAACGAGAUUUUAUUUACAAUAGGAUUUUCAAUUCGAUCAUCGCUUUUUAAAUAUAAUAUUAAGAUCGUAUGCGUUAUGCCCGGUAAGUUGAUCUUUAAAAACCAUCCACUUCGAACAGCAUAUUUAUUAUUACAUAUCUUUUUUAUAAUUAUACAAUUUUCUUUAUAACAGUGUAGAAUAUAAUCUCGCUAUAAGGAGACAUUGUCCCGUGAUAAUCAUGAUUAAAUAUCGAAAAUACACUUCUCAUAAAUGGAGAUUAAUUGAUUGCAUAAAGAAAAAAAAAAAGAAAAGAAAAUAGUUAUCAUAUAAAAUUAUUACUGUGACAGUAAUACAAAAGAGAAAGUAAUUAUAAAAUACGAUAAAAUCAAUUACGAUAGAGAGAUUAUCUUCUAUUUAUGAUAAGUGUGUACAUUUAAUGUAAUGAUUUAUUUCAAUGUAAGUACCAAUGAGUAAGCCAAACGAUAGAUUAAAUUUAAGCACAACAAAC